GCCAACAGCCUGCGGCUGCACAUUCAGAUCAAACCACGUUUUCAUUCCAUUUGCAAUUGUCUCCUUACUUCGCCUACCUAUUCCUACAAAAUCAGAUAUAUAUAUCGAAACAUUUAUUGAAUAAUGUCGCAGCCAUUGGAUCUUCUCGAAAUCAAGGACUUCCUCGUGAAACUCGCUCUCGAGGCCGGCGAGCUCAUCACCUCAAAGACCGGAAAGACCGAAUUCGUCGACAAGGCAAACUCGGUCGAUCUGGUUACAGAGACAGAUGCGGCGGUCGAGAAGCUUGUUGCCGAGCGAGUCGCUGCUACGUACCCCGACUUCGAGUUUAUGGGCGAGGAGAGCUACGUUCCCGGCGAGACCAAGCUGGGCGAGAAGCCUACUUUUGUUGUCGAUCCAAUUGACGGCACGACAAACUUCAUCCACUCCUUCCCCUUCAGCUGCACCUCCCUCGGCUUCACCGUCAACCGCGAGCCCGUCGUCGGCGUCGUCUACAACCCUUUCCUCAAGCUAAUGUACACGGGCGUGAAAGGCCACGGCUCGUUCCUCAACGACGAGCGUCUUCCGCUGCGCAAGAGCGUCAGCAAACUCACGCUCCAGAACGCGCUGAUCGGUAUCGAAUGGGGCACCCAGCGGUCGGGGCCGAACUACAAGUGUAAGGUCGACACGUUCAAUAAGCUCGCGGCUGAGGACGGCGCGAUGGUGCAUGGGUUUAGAUCUUUGGGAAGCGCGGCUAUGAAUAUCUGUGCCGUUGCUGCUGGCAUGCUGGAUGCAUACUGGGAAGGUGGAUGCUACGCCUGGGACGUCGCAGCUGGUUGGAUCAUCCUCAGCGAAGCCGGCGGCCGCAUGGUCGGCGGCAACCCUGGUCUCUGGAACCCGGCUGUCGACGAGCGCGUGUACCUGGCCGUCAAGGCCGACGAGGGCUCGGAGCAGUUUAUCAACGAUUUCUGGGGCAGCAUGGUCGGCAAGCUGGAUUACUAACUGGGCACAGGGUGAAUUGUAGAUAGUUAACUUUUGGUCGUCUUUAUUUACUUUUUUGGAAAUCAAUGCACUGUGUAGACAAAGAUUGAACAUAUGUACAAAUUAAUGAUAUAAUACAAAGGUACAAACUC